AGCACACCUCUUUCCACCGCUAAGUGGUUUCUCAAAAAGGUAUUUUACAUUACUCGGUUUCAUUAAUUACAUUUACUAAAGUCAUCAAAAUACCAGUAGAUCUUUGUUUUUUAAGCGAAUCAGUAUAAAAACAGCGAACAGAAUAAUAAAGUUAGUAGUGUUCUCAAAAUGCUUCUUAGGUUUGGAGGUGUUCUGGCUUUUGCUAUUGUGGUGUGCUUGACGAUUGUUUUUGCAGCACCCUCUAGCAGUAGUCACGAAAGUAAAUUGACUAACGGGAAUGAGGAUCAUGAUAGUCUUAAGCCGCAACUAAUUCUGGCUCUAAGGACUAAACGCUCUCCAGCUCCAGUUGCCUUUGGAGGAAAAGGAGGUGGUGGAGGUUUUGGAGGAGGCGGUGGAUUUGGUGGUGGAGGUGGCGGAGGAUUUGGAGGUGGCGGAGGAUUUGGGGGUGGUGGAGGUUUCGGAAAAGGCGGUGGAUUUGGAGGUGGCUUUGGCGGUGGAGGCGGAAAAGGUGGUAAAGGUCACGGUGGAUGCGGUUACUGUGGCAAAAAAUAACGUGCUAUGAAUUUAUCUUUAAUUUAAUCGAUUACAAAUUUUUCUUAUUGGAUUUUGAAAAAAAAUACUAAUAAAAUUUUAUAUUUGUAAA